AGGAAUAUGUGUUAAUGCAUUUUCAAUGUGCAACUAACUUAAGAAGUAAAAAGUAAGCGUCAUUUAAGUUUCUAGACUUCGAGUGUGAAGACGUAUUUUUUAUACGGACUAUAAGUUCUAACUAUAAUUUUUGUAAAAAAAGUUUUUUCUAAAAAGUGUUAAAUUUUUAUAAAACUUUCAUAAAAAUGGGCAACCGAUUCGCUAGAGUUUUCAAGGAGUAUAACACCAAUGCUACUCAGACAGAUCUGGCUGGCGAUGGUUGGCUCGCCGAUGAUAGAAAUGCAGCUCAGCAGCCGGCUGACCGAAAUUUUUCCGUUGUUGACAAUCAUGCAAUAGUUUCUCAUGUUAGCUCGAUUGCUGAUCAUGAAGCUAUAGUUACUAGUGUUAUGCCAAAUAUCGACCAUGAUACAAUGGAUACUAGCUCCGACCAACACAAUUGCGAGACAAUUGGGCUCCGUCGACCAGAUGUCGAGAAUAGAAAUGCAGCGGAGCUGCCGGUUAAUCAAAAUUUAACCGUUGUUGAUCGUAAAUUAGGAGUUACUGACGUUAGGUCAAUUGCAGAAUGUAAUACUGCUGUAGCAGGUAUUAUAUCAAAUGGUGAGCAUGACAAACCAGAUGUGAAUACUUAUUCUAACCCUGCGGAAAGCAAUGCAACAGAUAAUGAUGUGGGUUCCAGUUGUUAUAUGACCAGAAGUAAAAGAAAGAUCCGUGGACCGGCGGCAAAGUUUGGGGUUACUCAUAAGUUAAAAGAAGUUCGAUUUCAACAUGAAUUUGAAAAGAUUACUAAAAAUGUAAAAAAUAAAAGAGGAGUUGAACGAUUGUUGAGGAAUUUGAAAAGUAAACAGAAGCGGAUCAAUGGGUCAAAGGUUGCAAAGGUUAUUGAGUCAACCGGGUGCGGUCAACCAGAAGUCGAGAAUAUAAAUGCAGCUGAGCUGCCGAUUAAUCAAAAUUUAUCCGUUGUUGAUCGUAAAUUAAGAGUUACUGACGUUAGGUCAAUUGCAGAAUGUAAUACUGCGGUUGCAGGUAUAUCAAUUGUUGAGCAUGACAAACCAGAUGUGAAUACUUAUUCCAACCCUGCGGAAAGCAAUGCAACAGAUAAUGAUGUGGGUUCCAGUUGUUAUAUGACCAGAAGUAAAAGAAAGAUCCGUGGACCGGCAGCAAAGUUUGGGAUUACUCAUAAGUUAAAAAAAGUUCGACUUCAACAUAAAUUUAAAAAGAUUAAUAAAAAUGAAAAAGUGAGGGUCAAUGGAUCAAAGGUUGCAAAGGUUAAUGAGUCAACUGAACGCAGUCAAUCAGAAGUCGAGAAUAUAAAUGCAACUGAGCUGCCGAUUAAUCAAAAUUUAUCCGUUGUUGAUCGUAAAUUAAGAGUUACUGACGUUAGGUCAAUUGCAGAAUGUAAUACUGCGGUUGCAGGUAUAUCAAUUGUUGAGCAUGACAAACCAGAUGUGAAUACUUAUUCCAACCCUGCGGAAAGCAAUGCAACAGAUAAUGAUGUGGGUUCCAGUUGUUAUAUGACCAGAAGUAAAAGAAAGAUCCGUGGACCGGCAGCAAAGUUUGGGAUUGCUCAUAAGUUAAAAAAGGUUCGAUUUCAACAUAAAUUUAAAAAGAUUACUAAAAAUGAAAAAGUGAGGGUCAAUGGAUCAAAGGUUGCAAAGGUUAUUAAGUCAACUGAGCGUUGUCAUCCAGAAGUCAAGAAUACAAACGCAACUGAGCUGCCGUUUAAUCAAAAUUUAUCCGUUGUUGAUCUUAAAUCAAGAGUUACUGAUGUUAGGUCGGUUGAUAGCUAUGAAGCAGUUACGGGAGUUAUGGCAAAUGUUGAGUAUAAGACAAUAGAUAUGGAUACUAGCUACAACCAAUACAAUCGCGAGACAAUUGACUAUAAUACUACUGCUACUCAGACAGAUCUGGCUGGCAGUGACUGGCUCACCAAUGACAAAGAUGUAGCUGAGCAGCCGGUUAUGCGAAAUUUGUCCGUUGUUGAUCCUAUAUCAAGAGUUACUGACGUUACGAUGUUUGCUGACUAUGUAACUGUUAUUGGUGUUAUGGCAAAUGUUGAGCAUAAGGCAAUAGAUAUGGAUACUAGCUACAACCAACACAAUUGCGAGAGAACUAAACACUGUCCAUCAGAUUGCAAGAAUCGAAAUACAGCUGAGCAGCUGGUUGAGCAAAAUUUAUCCAUUGUUGACGAUAAAGAAGUAGUUGGUGAUAUUAGGUCGGUUGCUAAUUAUGAGACCAUAUACACUAAUGUUAAGCAUGACACAAUAGUUGUGAAUACUUGUGAUAAUGAUGUGGAUUCCGGAUGUUAUAUAACCGGAAGAAAAAGAAUAGCACAUGGACCAGUAGCACCUUCGGAGGUUACUGCUAAGUUAGAAAGAAUUCGAAAUAGAUGUGAAGUUAAGAAUGAUGUUAAAAAUGAAAUUAAAAAAGAGGAUCGAAUUGAACGAGUGUACAGGAAUUUUAAUACUUACCAACAGCGGUACAAGGAACCAAAGGUUGUUAGUAAGAAUUCGUUUUCGAAAAUAUAUUAACGAGUUAAGAAUUGUUCGCCUUAAUUAAAAAUAGUUUUUAACAGACUGUAUUUGAGUUGCAAUGUUGGUAACCUUUUAGCUUCAUAAUCAAUAAAUUAUUAUUAUUAUUGGCAUUACUAUUGUUGGUAU